AUGGCUUCUACAUCCUCCGGUCCAGUGGUGAUGACGUUGAAAGCAGCGGACGAUGUGCAAGACGGCAGCGAUGAGUUCAUGAAUACUGGCAAUCUCAUCCGGAAACUUUAUCCGAAGGAGAAGCAAUGCCGUGCUGUUUGUUAUCCAUUAGAAGCGUCGAAGGCGCUCGAUUACCAUGCGAGAACUUAUGCGGAAGAGACGCUUUGCGGUCGGAUUGGGUUGCAGCAUCCCGCAUUCACACUGUUCAUCUUUAGGAUUAUCCGGGCUAUAUCGCAUUUUCACGGUUCGGAUUAG